AUAGCAUCAAAUAUUUUGUUAAAAGAAUGUGCUGGCUGUAUCUUUUUCUCACUUCACAGACUUUAAAACGAAAGGAGAUCAGACAACAUAUGAAUGACACUCCAAUUAAUCACGUGAGCCUCUUGUUACGAUAUGUUAUGGCAUUUGUUAUACUGCUUGGUAACUUCGUAGUAUGUCCAGAUGUUAGAUGGCAAAAUUACAGUUCUGGAAUAAAGAAUUGAGUGUCUCGAGGGUCGUGGUAGUAGCAAUAGUUAUAACACCCAGUUGUCCCAAGAGGUUUCCUUGUUGCGUGAAAGAAUUUCAACUCUUGAGCGACAAGCGAGAGACGAUUCUUCCAUUAUACAACGGUUUCGUAAGCGUUUAGAUCAAAUAGACGAAUCAAUAGUGAGAAACAUGGUGAACAUUACGAACCUUGAAGCGCAACGUGAAGAGCGCGCACUGGGAUCAAAUCAGGUAAAACACAGCCACAAUGGUACGUUACUUUGGAAAAUAGACAACUUCUAUAAGAAGAGACAGGACGCCAUUAAUGGUGUUAAGAAUGCCUGGUACAGUCCACCAUUCUACAGUUUUCAAUAUGGUUACAAGAUGUGUGCUAAGAUCUAUAUGAAUGGUGAUGUUUUUGGAAAGGAAACACAUUUAUCUUUGUUCUUUGUUAUCAUGAAAGGUGAUUACGAUGCUCUACAAACAUGGCCAUUUCGAAAGAAGAUCACAAUGAUGUUUAUAGCUCAAGGAAAUGGUAAUCACAUGAUUGAUGCUUUUCAUUCAGAUCCUCGAAGUUCCUUAUUUCAGCGACCAUGGUCUGAUUUGAAUCUAUUUGGAUUGCCAGUUCUAAUUUGGCCGAUAGAGAGUUUAAGCAAUCUUCCGUUCAUUAAGUAUGAUACAAUGUUCAUUAAGUUAGUUGUUGAAUGAACAAAAAAUCUAAAUACACUCGCUCCUGCUUCUCU